AACGGUUAUUAUUAACCGAAGAAGUAUCUUAACUAAAGCGACGUCGUUUCGCCCAACGCAUAUAAAAAAACAAACCAUUUCCCAAGAAGGAUUUGUCUUUUUUUUUUGUUUGUAACAAUGAUCGGAGAUAUAUCCCCGCCGGUUGCUUCAAUCCCAGUAGUUGAAGAAAAUGCACAAGUGAUGAAGCUUCUUCCGCCGCUAUCAACGGUAGCGUCUCAUUUCGGCACAAGCGGAGUAUCCGUCGCGUUGGCUACAGGCGUCACUCAUCCUCUCGAUGUAUUGAAAGUAAGAUUGCAGAUGCAGCAUGUAGGCCAAAGAGGUCCUUUAAUCGGAAUGACUGGAAUCUUUCUUCAACUAAUGGAAAAAGAAGGGCCUAGGUCUUUAUACUUGGGACUGACUCCUGCUCUCACUAGAUCAGUACUCUACGGGGGUCUCAGAUUAGGAUUAUACGAACCCACCAAGUUUUGUUUCGAUUGGGCCUUCGGGUCUACCAAUGUCUUGGUCAAGAUAGCAUCAGGUGCAUUUGCUGGAGCGUUUGCGACUGCGUUAACCAACCCGGUUGAAGUUGUCAAGGUAAGGUUGCAGAUGAAUCCAAACGCAGUUCCUAUUGCAGAGGUGCGGGAGAUAGUUUCUAAAGAAGGUAUAGGAGCUUUGUGGAAAGGUGUUGGUCCUGCCAUGGUUAGAGCUGCUGCACUAACUGCCUCACAGCUUGCAACAUACGACGAAACCAAGCGGAUUCUGGUUAAACGGACGUCUCUGGAAGAAGGGUUUCAUCUUCAUAUGUGCUCGAGUGUGGUUGCAGGUGUAGUAAGCACUCUGGUUACUGCGCCCAUUGACAUGAUUAAAACCCGCUUGAUGUUGCAGCAAGCCUCUGAUAGCGUCAGAAUCUACAGAAACGGGUUUCAUUGCGGUUACAAGGUUAUUCGCAAAGAAGGCCCACUGGCACUUUACAAAGGAGGCUUUGCGAUUUUCGCACGGCUGGGGCCACAAACGAUGAUCACGUUCUUACUCUGCGAGAAGCUAAGAUCACUAGCUGGACUUCACAAAAUGUAGCCACUGACCUGUUCGUUCGCGCCAACUGUCCGGUUCCAGCUAAGUUCUACUUCAAUUAUUUUUUUCUCACUACCGAAUUUUUUAUUUAUCAGUUAUUUGUAGUGUGAUAAUAUGCAUGUCUUAUUUAAUUAGAAGGAUUAGCAUAAACUUUUAUUAAAAAGAAACUUCCACGCUGGAUGUGAAGUAUGCAUUUUUUCUUGAUUAGUGUGGAUAGACAUCGAAUUGAAAUGUAAUUAUCCAAUACGUAGUGGUUAUGUUGAAUCAUUUCUAUAUUACAAA